CAAAAAAUAGCAUCCCCUAAAACCCUAGUCUCUGUUUCUCUCUCUUUCUCUUUCUUUCUUCAUCACACUCAAACUCGCGAUUCAUUUCGUUCCAAACCCAAUCCCUCGAUUCGUUCUUUUGCAGCAAUGAGACACCAAUGGCGUCUUCUUCACCAUUUCAUUCGUUCUCGCCACCGCAUUCUCAACCACUCUCAGGUACGCACCUCUCACUCUUCCAUCCCCCAUCGUUUCACUGCCAAUUCCACGUUCCCGUUAAACCCUAGUUUCCGUCGUUUCUCCUCCGAACCCGUCCUCGCACACGCCGACACCGACCACAUCCUCGUCGCCGACAUUUUCUCUAAACCUACGAAUUCCGACGAGUUGAAAACCCUCCUCGAUUCGAAUCGCGUUUCGAUCACCCACGACGCUGUCCUCGCGGUUCUGUGGAAGCUCGAAUCCGACGUGGACGCCGCGCGGAGGUUCUUCCGGUGGGUUUCGGAGAACCACCCCGAGAGGCUGAGCUCCAAGUGCUACAACUCGAUGCUCCGAGUUUUGGGGACGAAUGGUGUCGUUCACGAGUUUUGGGAUAUGGUCAAUGUCAUGAAGAAAAAGGGUUAUGGGAUUUCCAAGGGUGUGAAGGAGACGGUGUUGGAGUGUUUCGAAAAGGGUGGGAUGAAUGCUGAUGUGGCGAAAUUGAAGGGUUUGUUUGAUAACGUGGAUGAGAAGAAUUGUGCUGUAGUGUGUAGGAUUGUGAGGCACAAUGUGUGGGGUGAUGAUGUUGAGAGGCAGAUUAGGGAUUUGAAUGUUAGGUUCUCCGGCGACGUGGUUAAGGCGGUUUUGGAGGGUUUGGCUUUGGAGCCGGCGAAGGCGUUGAUAUUUUUCCGGUGGUUGGAGGAGAGUGGGAUGUUUAAGCAUGAUGGGGGAACUUAUAACGCGAUGGCGAGGGUGUUGGGGAGGGAGGAUUCGAUUGAUCGGUUUUGGAAGCUUGUUGGUGACAUGAGGAAUGCCGGGUUAGAAAUGGAGGUUGAGACCUUUGUCAAGGUUUUGGGGCGGUUUUGUAAGAGGAGGAUGGUUAAGGAUGCUGUGGAGCUGUACGAGUUUGCUAUGGCUGGCGUGAAUAAGCCUUCGGUUGAGUGCUGUGUCUUUCUGUUGAGAAAGGUUGCUGCUGGGUAAGAGUUGGAUAUGGAUUUGUUUUCGAGGGUUCUGAAGGUUUUUACCGGAAGAGGGAAUGCGUUGACUGAUUCUAUGGCCGAUGCUGUCCUGAAGUCUUUGACCAGUGUUGGUAGGACUGGAGAGUUGAAUAAGGUUUUGAAAGAAAUGGAAGAUUGUGGAUUUGUAGCUGGUGGUAGAUUGCAGGGUAAAAUUGCCUUUAAACUUAGUGCUGGUGGUAACAAGGAACAAGCUCGCGAAUUCAUGGAAAGAAUUGAAGAGUCUGGGUCUAAUCUUGAUCACGAGACAUGGGAAUGUUUAAUUAAGGGGCACGGUGCAGCUGGGAACCUUGAUAAAGCUUUUGAUUCUUUUAAAGAGAUGGUUGAGAAAGAGGGGGUGGCUUCUGCAAGCCAUACUUUUCACGUGUUAAUGAAUUCAUAUUGCGAAAAGAAUAGGGCAGUAGAUGCCUGCAAGAUUCUUUGUCGACUGGUGAAUGAAAAACAGUUAAAGCCCUUGCAUUCUACUUACAAGCUGCUGGUAAAUCAGUUAUUAGCCCAGGGAGGAUUUGCAGAUGCCUUAAUUAUUUUGGGUUUAAUGAGAACCCAUGGAUUUCCACCUUUUAUUGAUCCAUUUAUUGAACACUUGUCGAAGUGUGGAAGUGGUGAUGAUGCUGUGUUGUUUCUCAAGGCAAUGACAUCAAAGAGGUUUCCAUCUACAUCCGUGUUUCUUCGAAUGUUUGAAGCCUUUUUCAAGCACGGAAGGCAUGAAGAAGCACAAAAUUGCCUCUCUAAAUGUCCACGCUUCAUCCGCAAUCAUGCUGAUGUCUUGAAUCUCUUUUGUUCCAUGAACUCUAAAGAAGCUGCUUCUUCUGGUAUGUUGGCUGCUUAAGUUUUCAGAAUAUAUCUCGUGUUGUACUCUCUUCAGAAGUAUCUGCAAUUGCUGUUGUUCGGAAAUUUUGGCGAGUGCUUAUUCUUUUUUCCUUGAUCUUAAUUAUUGGAAAAUAAGUUUAAUCUUGCUUUGAAUAAAGCCAAUCAACCAAAAUUUUUGACAUUCAAAGAUUUUUUUCCUAUGCAACUUGUGUUUCUCAUGUACCUCAAUUCUUUUCUCAUACAUCAUUAUUGAUCGAAGGACUCCAAACAAAUGCUUUGGUUGGUGCUUUGACAGUGGCAGACUUUGUAGUUCAACAUCCUGGUUUACACUGUCUUAAUGUACAUUUUAGAUUAAAGUGAUGCUAUAUAAGCAACAUGUUAACACCAAAAACUGACAAUUCUUUCUACAUUUGAUUUACUUUUGGUUGUGUUCACUUCAAUGUUAUCCGACAAUUGUUUUUUGCACAAAAAUCUUCAGUAUC